AUGGGGGCGCCGCCGUGGAGGCUGCUGUGCUGCUGCUGCUGCCGCGAGUCCGAUCGCAAUGGGGUGGACGACCUCAAGCUCAAGCCCGACGCCGCCGUUGAGGAAAUUUCAGAUGGGGAGGAGGGGCCGGCGGGGGACUGGUACGACCUCCCGCCAUUCCAGGAGUUCACCUUCCAGCAGCUGCGCCUCGCCACCUCGGGCUUCGCCGCCGAGAACAUCAUCUCCGAGAGCGGCGACAAGGCGCCUAACGUCGUCUACAAGGGCAAGCUCGACGCCCAGCGCCGUAUCGCCGUCAAGCGCUUCAGCCGCUCUGCCUGGCCCGACCCGCGCCAGUUCAUGGAAGAAGCUAAGUCUGUUGGCCAGCUCCGGAACAAAAGAAUCGUAAAUUUGCUUGGUUGUUGCUGUGAAGCCGAUGAAAGAUUGCUUGUUGCUGAGUACAUGCCCAAUGACACACUGGCGAAGCAUCUGUUCCAUUGGGAGUCACAGGCAAUGGUAUGGCCCAUGAGAUUACGGGUUGUUCUGUAUCUUGCCGAGGCUUUGGACUACUGCAUAAGCAAGGAGCGGGCUCUCUAUCAUGAUCUUAAUGCCUAUAGAGUUCUGUUUGAUGAUGACUGCAACCCUAGGCUUUCAUGUUUCGGCCUAAUGAAGAACAGUCGGGAUGGCAAAAGUUACAGCACCAAUUUGGCAUUCACUCCUCCUGAAUAUAUGAGGACUGGAAGAAUAACUCCGGAAAGUGUCAUAUACAGCUUUGGCACAUUGUUGUUGGAUGUUCUUAGUGGGAAGCAUAUUCCUCCUAGCCAUGCUCUUGACCUGAUUCGUGAUCGAAACUUCAGUAUGCUCAUAGACUCCUGUUUAGAGGGCCAAUUUUCGAACGAGGAAGGAACAGACCUUAUGCGUUUAGCUUCAAGGUGCCUGCAUUAUGAACCACGAGAGCGGCCUAAUGUAAGAUCUUUGGUUCUUGCACUGGCUUCUCUUCAGAAGGAUGUUGAGUCGCAAUCUUACGACCUGAUGGAUAAGCCCCGUGGUGGUGCAUUUACUCUUCAAUCAAUUCAUCUUUCCCCUCUUGCUGAAGCUUGCUCCAGAAAGGAUCUUACUGCAAUACAUGAACAUCUAGAAACAGCUGGCUAUAAAGAUGACGAGGGAACAGCAAAUGAGCUCUCAUUUCAAAUGUGGACUAAUCAAAUGCAAGCUACAAUUGAUUCAAAGAAGAAGGGCGACACUGCAUUCCGACAAAAGGAUUUUAGCAUGGCCAUUGAUUGCUACUCUCAGUUCAUUGAUGUUGGUACCAUGGUUUCGCCAACAAUUUAUGCAAGGCGUUGCUUGUCAUAUCUCAUGAACGACAUGCCACAACAAGCUCUGGAUGAUGCAGUGCAGGCUCUGGCGAUAUUUCCUACAUGGCCAACUGCAUUUUAUCUUCAGGCUGCGGCCCUAUUUUCAUUAGGAAAAGAAAACGAAGCUCGAGAAGCACUCAAGGAUGGUUCGGCUGUGGAGACAAGGAGUAAGGGGCAUUGA